UACAGUCUUGUCUUGUCUCCCAUAAACGUGUAGUUGUCUUGAAUCUUGUGUCAGCUAAGUUUCUCUUGAGAAAAAAGAAAACAUUUUGAUUACCUUUCCAGCCUUCAAUUGUACUCUCCAAAAUCUUCUCUGCAAAUUUUGGUAGUGUUUUUCUUCUCUUUUUUUUUUUUCUCACUGUUUCAUACUGCCUCGCAUUGCUAAGACACACAGAAGCAGAGAGGUUCUUGUUUGAUGGCUUUUCUUGGAGCCAGAUUUUUAUCUUUGAGACCAUCAGCAAUACUUUUCUUCAUUUUCAUGUUAGCUUCUGUGUUUAUUUCUGCUGAAAGAAGCAUAAAACAUGAAGUGUCUAGAUUGAGUGAAGCAGAAGAACUCGAGCCUAAUUACCUUGUGAAAAUCAUUAGUUUCUUAUGGCAGUCUGAUGAAUCUGGUUAUCAACAUGUUUGGCCGGAACUAAGUUUUAGUUGGCAAGCUGUUAUUGGUACUAUAAUUGGAUUCUUUGGAGCAGCAUUUGGAAGUGUAGGUGGUGUUGGUGGUGGCGGCAUUUUCGUUCCCAUGCUGAUCCUGAUUAUUGGGUUUGAUCCAAAAUCAGCAACAGCUAUAUCAAAAUGUAUAAUCAUGGGAGCAGCAGUCUCAACGGUUUACCAUAACCUUCGACUAAGGCAUCCAACACUUGAUUUGCCUGUGAUUGACUAUGAUCUGGUGCUCCUUAUUCAGCCAAUGCUCAUGCUGGGGAUUAGCAUAGGUGUCACUUUCAAUGUGAUAUUUCCUGAUUGGGUGAUCACAGUUGCCCUAAUAAUUCUGUGCAUAGGGACAUCAGUGAAGGCAUUUUUCAAGGGUCUUGAUAUAUGGAAAAUAGAAACCUUAUUGAAAGAGGAUGCUGCUAAGCUUUUCGAGUCAACUGCAGGUGGUAGUGAGGAAGUUGAAUACAAACCUCUUCCAGAUGGACAAGGCAACAAUCCUCCAAAGGCUAGCAAGGUUACCAUACUUCAGAAUAUUUAUUGGAAGGAACUUGGACUUCUUGUUUUUGUUUGGGUGUCAUACCUUGCUGUUCAGAUUGCCAAGAACUAUACAGCCACAUGUUCAACAACUUUCUGGGUAUUAAACUUGUUGCAGAUUCCAGUUUCCAUCGGAGUCUUUCUUUACGAGGCCAUCGGUCUGUACAAGGGAAGACGGAGAAUUUCAUCCAAGGGGGAUGAAAUCAUGGAUUGGCAAGUGCACCGCUUGCUCAUGUUUUCUGCCUGUGGUGUGGUGGCUGGAAUAGUGGGUGGCCUGCUUGGAAUAGGUGGAGGAUUUAUCAUGGGUCCAUUGUUUUUGGAAAUGGGAAUCCCUCCUCAGGUAACGAGUGGCACAGCCACCUUCGGGAUGUUGUUCUCUUCAUCAAUGUCUGUAGUAGAAUAUUAUCUCUUGGAUCGUUUUCCUGUACCUUAUGCUCUCUACUUUAUUGCUGUGGCCAUCAUUGCUGCCUUUAUUGGUCAAAAUAUCAUCACAAAACUUAUCACUCUAUCUGGAAGGGCAUCCCUCAUCAUCUUUGUGCUAGCCUUCACAAUAUUUAUCAGUGCCAUAGCACUAGGUGGGGUUGGCAUAACAAGAACGAUUGGAAUGAUGGAGCGGCAUGAAUAUAUGGGUUUUGAGAACCUUUGCAAGUACACAGCAGCAUAGUGUGCUAUGAUUUCAAGAGCCAUAGAACAGUUAAUUAAUUGAAGGUGACAUAGAACAAAUGGAUAAAGUUGAUUAAAGCAAGCGUAAAGAGUUUCAGUUUUCUUUUGAAAUAAUUAAUGGGAUGGUAGAUGCUUUGAACGUAAGUUUCCCACAAAUGGAGCUUUCCUUGAUAAAAUCAUUUAGCAUGUAGGCCCAUUUUGCA